UUCACACUAUAAAAUAGCAAAACGUCAUUGCUAGAAACAAAAGUACAAAUUUAAGGAGAAAAAGAAGAAGAUUAAGGAAAUGGACAUGGUACAAUUUUUGCUUUUGCUAUGCCUCUUAGUGGGGAUAACCUCAACGGUGCAUGGUGAAGACCCUUACUUCUAUUUCACAUGGAAAGUCACAUAUGGCACACUUUCCCCGGCGGGUGUCCCUCAACAGGUUAUUCUUAUCAAUGGUGAAUUUCCUGGACCCAACAUCAACUCGACCAGUAAUAACAACCUUGUUGUAAACGUCUUCAACCAACUUGAUGAGCCUCUCCUUUUCACAUGGGCGGGAGUCCAACAAAGGAAAAACUCAUGGCAAGAUGGGGUACCUGGAACUAACUGUCCCAUUGCUCCAGGAACAAACUGGACCUACAAGUUCCAGGUGAAGGACCAAAUAGGAAGCUACUUCUACUACCCAAGCUUGGGCUUGCAUAGGGCAGCUGGUGGAUUCGGUGGCCUACGCAUAAACAGUAGGUUACUUAUCCCUGUCCCCUAUGCAGAUCCUGAAGACGAUUACACUGUCCUCGUUGGCGACUGGUACACCAAGAGCCACUCUGCUCUCAAGAAAUUACUUGACAGCGGUCGCGCUCUUGGCAGGCCCCAAGCUGUUCUCAUCAACGGCCAAAAUGCCAAAGGAGACGGAACCGACAAGCCACUAUUCACAAUGAAGCCAGGAAAAACCUACAAAUAUAGAAUCUGCAAUGUGGGUCUGAAAAACUCCAUCAACUUCAGGGUCCAGCAACACUCCAUGUUACUCGUUGAAUUGGAAGGUUCCCACACCGUGCAAAACAGUUACGACUCACUUGACGUCCACGUCGGGCAGUGCUUUGGUGUCCUCAUAACUGCUGAUAAGGAACCGAAGGACUACUACAUGGUUGCCUCGACCAGGUUCACGAAAACUGUUUUGACCGGCAAAGGGAUCAUCCGCUAUACCAAUGGAAAGGGACCAGCUUCACCUGAACUCCCUGAGGCCCCUGUGGGCUGGGCCUGGUCUCUGAACCAGUACCGUUCCUUCCGUUGGAACCUCACUGCCAGCGCUGCCAGGCCUAACCCCCAGGGCUCUUACCAUUACGGCCAGAUAAACAUCACCCGCACUGUUAAGCUAAUUAACUCUGUCAGCAGGGACAAUGGGAAGCUCCGUUACGCGCUUAACGGAGUCUCCCACGUUGACCCAGAAACACCCAUCAAGCUCGCUGAGUAUUAUGGGAUUGGUGAGAAAUUUUUCAAGUACGACACCAUUCCAGAUAGCCCGCAAGGCCUUUCAAAUGCUGUCACCUUGCAAACCAAUGUUCUUAACUUCACCCAUCGCACCUUCAUCGAGAUCAUCUUCGAGAACCACGAAAAAAGUGUCCAGUCGUAUAAUUUGGCCGGCUACUCAUUCUUCUAUGUCGCGGUAGAGCCUGGGACUUGGACCCCAGAGAAAAGGAAAACCUAUAACCUUCUUGAUGCAGUGAGCAGACACACCGUUCAAGUGUUCCCGAAAUCUUGGGCUGCAAUAAUGUUGACGUUUGACAAUGUUGGAGUGUGGAACUUGAGGUCUGAGAUUGCAGAGAAUCGCUACUUGGGCCAACAACUGUAUAUUAGUGUGAUGACUCCUGAGCGUUCUCUAAGGGACGAGUACAAUAUCCCAGAAAAUGCAUUGAUUUGUGGCCAAAUCAAGGGUCUGCCUAAGCCAGCACCUUAUGCUUAAUCAAAACCCUUAUGUAAUAACUAGAUUUUUGUUAUGUUCUAUUUGUCUAGCUUUAGCCCCGUGGGACUCCUCAAAUGAGGAGUGGCAAACCUUUUAGUUCUGAGCUAGGUUAUUUAUACAGGGAAAUUAAAUUGGAGAAUAACACAGGGCAUUGAAGCAUUAGAGUUGUUGAUUAGUAUGGUUUGACACUAUCAGAAACGCCAUUGCAUUUUUGUACUUUCACAAUUCUUUAUUAGUAUUCUUAAAAUUUUAGCAAAUAAAAAUGCACUGCCUGCAUUUUCAAAA